ACUGUUGCCUGUCUUCCCUCCACAUCUUGGCCGCGUCCACAUUGGCUCCGGACUCGUCGAGACGUGACCAAAAAGAUCCCCUAUAAGGACCAGUCCUGGUUGGGCACAAAGUCCCGUUCCCGUGACGCCACGCUAUCCCGGUAUUCAGGGCUCACUCUCCAAGAGCUUCAUCUCCAGCACAAGAUAUCGUCGACGCCGUCCGGCGAGACCUGGAGAGGUGUUUGGCAGCGAAAUAAUAGCGAGAUUUGUGCCAAAUUUGUGGCUGUCGUCGGGGAAAUGGCGCCCAGAAUUCCGCGCGACUUCUCCGAGGAGUUCCCAAGACUUCGCAUCUUUUCGCACCCGAAUGUACUGCCAGUCAUUGGUUGCGUGAAUUCGCCGCCAAAUCUGGUUGUCGUCAACCAACACAUGCAAUACGGAAGCCUAUAUCAAGUCCUCCACGAGGGCACCGGUAUUGUGGUCGACACGCAUAAGGCGCUCAAGUUUGCCAUUGAUAUCGCCCGGGGAAUGGCGUUCUUGCAUACACUGAAUCCACUCAUACCUCGUCUCUACUUAUCAUCGAAACACGUUAUGAUCGACGAGGACCUGACUGCCCGGAUCAAUAUGGCGGACGCCAAGUUCUCGUUCCAGGAGCGCAAUAAGGUGUAUAACCCGGCGUGGAUGGCACCGGAAGCCCUCCAGAAAAAGCACACCGACAUCAACGUGAAGGCUGCGGACAUGUGGUCGUUCGCCGUACUCUUGUGGGAGUUGGCCACCCGUCAGGUGCCCUUCGCUGACCUCUCGCCCAUGGAGAUCGGCAUGAAGGUAGCGCUCGAGGCCUUAAGGGUCACCAUUCCUCCCGGUGUGUCGCCACACAUGGCCCGACUGAUCCGCAUCUGCAUGAAUGAGGAGCCGGGAAAGAGACCGUCCUUUGAUCAGGUGAUCCCUAUCCUCGACAAAAUGAAACAGUCGUAACGGUGGGCACCGGGAUCUCAACCCGAUACAAGUGUUCAACAUUUUGUGUUCAACUCUCUAUGCAUUUAAUAUAUAAUCAAAAAGUUUUUAACAGUUUUAAUAAUUUAUAAAACGAUAACAUGUUUUUAAAAAUAGUUAAUUAUAUACAAGUUUUUUGAAUCACAAUUAACCACUAAUUUAUCAAAUGUAAUCAAAUAGAUAUCUAACAUUAAAUUUUCAUUAAUUAAUAAAUUAAAACAA